AUGGCUUGUAAAGGGUUUUUAGAGUGCUUGUUGAAGCUCCUGAACUUCUUAUUGACUCUUCUGGGUCUGGCCAUGGUGGGCUAUGGGAUAUACUUGUUUGUUAUGUACAAAAAUGCAACUGAUGAUGAUAUGGAUUCCCUACCAACAAAUGAAGGAUUGAUACAGCUUGGACGCCCUAUGUUAAUGGCUGUGUCACUGUCUAGCAACAGCUUUUUUGAUCACUUGCCUACUGCUUGGUUCAUUUACCUAUUUAUUGGUGUUGGUGCAAUCGUCUUUGUCAUAUCUUGUUUCGGGUGCAUUGGUGCAGCAACAAGAAGCGGAUGUUGCCUAACUUGCUACUCUUUACUUUUGAUCUUGUUGAUCUUGGUAGAAGUCGGAUGUGCAGCUUUCAUCUUCUUUGACAAAACCUGGAGAGAUGAGAUCCCAAAUGAUGAAACCGGACAAUUCGACGCGAUAUAUGGAUUUCUAAAGAAGAACUGGAAUAUCGCCAAAUGGGUUGCACUUGGAGCUAUUAUAUUCCAGGCUUUGGUAUUUUUGUUAGCACUUAUGGUACGUGCUGCAAAUGCACCACCUGAAUAUGACAGUGAUGACGAGUACAUAAGUGGUCCCCGCCAGCAACGCCAGCCUCUCAUUGGUCGGCAACAGGCUCCGGUCACAGGUGUCCCCGUCACCGCAACCCUAGAUAGCCGCCCAAGUAGAAAUGAUGCAUGGAGUGCUCGCAUGAGGGAAAAGUAUGGGCUUGAUACGUCAGAGUUCACGUACAACCCUAACGACCCAAACAGAAGUCAGCAGGGCAAUGCACAGCCGACAGAGGAAAAGGGUGGUUGCAUCAUCAUGUGAUGUCAGAGCGACACGUGGGCAUGUCUGAUUGGAGAGUUUGUUGGUUGCGACUGAUUGGUUUGAUGUAAUGUAGAGUUCAAAAAAAAAAAAAAAAAAACAUAAUUGUUAUUGUUGUGUGUGUGUAUAAAACAUAAAAUAUCAGGAGCUUAUAAGGCUCCGACGUUUGUGAUGUUAUCACGU